GAAGCAAGGUCAACGUGCCCUGCAGUUCCGACUGUAAACAACGAUUGCAAAAGAAUUUACAAUCGCUGCUCAUCAGACGAAGCUUGCUCAAAUGGACUGAAAUGUUGUCCAUCUUCUAGAGAUUAUGGCUGCUCUCUUCGGUGUAUUAAACCACGAGAACUCGGUAAGUGAAGAUCCAACACGGAUUGUUAGGGGGACUGUAUGUCGGUAUAAUUGUUAAGGAAUACAGCAAACUGCACCUGAUCAAAAAGAAAAUAAUACGAGGUCCACUUCUUAGCUCGUCCCGAUAAAUUUUCGUGUCUGCCCAGUAUUUGAAGUGUUCUCGUAUUUGUACGAAGCGUGCGAGCAGGUUGGGAGUGAGGUCAAUUCUUGUGAGAACCUUUGAAGACCAGUUGUCGACCUCAUAACGAAAAUAUUUAAUGAUUUUUCCGUGUUUGUUUUUUGGAACAUGUAUAAUCCUUACUUUGUCUCCAUUUAAGAGGCUCGCGAUUCGUUUGAGCUCCUUUAAAUUAAAUAUUUUAAAAAGAUUGAAAAGCUAUCAGUAAGUUGCGUUUCAUGACCUGCACGUUGACACAUUGAUAGUGGAAAAAAAAGCACCGAUGUACAGUUGUACUAAAAAAUGGCGAUUAUCACUAGUUGGUGAUUGAGAGAAAUUACGAAUUUUGAGAGGCUAAAACACUGGAAAAGUAAGUAAUAAAUUUGUUCCGAAAAUCACACGGAAACAACAAUACAUAUUUCCGUAACAGCCUUCUUGGUUUAUUGUCCUUAACAACUUUGCCUCUGUGCUACUGGCAAUUUCAGUAAUUCUGUUGUCAGUCUGCAAUUUCACCAGAUGAUUCAGUUCUUAAUGGAUCCCUUGCUAAAGAUUGAUUCAAUAUUUCAAUGCAGAGGGCUGCCCCGAACCCUUAGACUUCGCUUUCGUGGUUGAUACUUCCGGCAGCAUCAGUAGACGGAACUUCGUAAGGCAGAGAGAGUUCAUCGAGCAGAUGAUCGAUGGUUUCGACAUAUCAGAAGAAGGAACCCAUGUUGCUAUAGUAGAAUACAGCAGUAAAGCGUCUGUCGUGUUAAAAUUUAAUAGUUUCACCGGAGUCCAGCUGAAUGCAGUUAAUCUAAAACGACAAGCCCGUAAGAUUCCCCAUCAGCGUGGACGUACCUACAUAGAUAAGGGUCUGCAUUUGACAAACACGGAGGUGUUUUCUGUAAAAGAUGGAAUGAGACCAAAUGUUACAAAGGUAAGAAAAGGAAGAGGACUGCUGGGUAGUUUUUUUGUACUUUAAAAUUAAUGACCGGUUUUGAUUUGGAUUUCACUGCCCAAGCGUAAUCGGAGUUGAGAACAUGAAAGUUUAUCACUAAAGGGCUGUCGCCGGAAAGAAUCAAGGUAAAGUUGAUUGAAAGUCAUGAGAAUCAUGACCGAAAGGGGAAAUUUUUCCUUCCUUAAAAUAGGUUUAGACUCUAAAGGCCGGACAUUUACAGGAGGUUUAACCCCAACCGCGGUUUUACGCAAGCAGUGGGCCGCACGUCUUCUCUAUAAGAGGGAUGUUUUCACUAAAUAAAUGUCCUUGCACUGCUAGCUUUCGGCCCUUUUGACACAGGUAACAAAAAUAAAUGUUCAGAUAAAAGAUUCACCUAAAUUCAAAAUAUUUUAGAACGUUAAACAAGGGGUAAAGUUUGUUUAAUGAACCGGCCCUCCAAGAUUUCAUUCGUAAUUCACCUUACCGUCAAUUCUUAUAAUGUUUCUUUCCCUGACUGUCGUCCGUGCCUGGAAGGGUGGAUUAUUUGAACGUUUCCCGGCGCGGUUGGGUAAUUAGAAAAGAAAGGGUCGUUUUUCCAGCGGCAUAUAAGUGCUAUAUCUUUAAAAUUUUUAAAACGUAAAAAGAUCACUUUCACAAGUGAAUGGCUCAGAAAAAAAGAUCUGAAAGGUCUAAGUUUUAAGUUUUUUAAGUGUAUUUUUUUGUGGUUCUUUUUGCUACUUUUUGCUGAAUUUUCCUUUUACGAAAAAAAAAAACCAAAAAACAGAAAACAAAAGAAAAAAAACAAUUUUUGCCCCGGAUGCAGAAAUUUGAACAAACCAAUCUUUAAAAGUUCUGAUGCGAGGUGGGUGCCCGGGGUGGUGCCAGGGGGAUGUUGAGGUUUCGAGUUGAUCGACGCAUCAAUGGAGAUAUUGAAUAAACGAGGUUGCAUCAGUAAAAAUUAAUCUUUCUUUUUAAAUUGAAGCUUAUUUGUCAUUUUAGAACUCAUCCCCAGUUUUUUUAAAAUUUUUUUAUAGAGAUUAAAGGAGAAGUAUGCUCCAUUAUAACGAUACAAUUCGUAUUUUCAUGAUUUCUGUGUUACAUAAAACUUUACCACUUACGACAUGUUGAGGACCCAGAGAGCCACCUUACCUUAUAGAAAAGUGCCUUUACGUAUGUUUAUAAAACUUUAACAGUGGAGACCGUCAUUUCGAUAACAACUGAGUAAACUUGGCGCACACUCAAAAGGACUGCUCACUGUUCUCAAGUCGCUGUAAGACUACGUAUCGCGAAAAAAAAGCCUUUAUUUGAGUCAAGACUGCCUUUUUGUGGCUCCUCGUUGUCCAGACAGAUCGACAAGGGAUGGCAAAAAUAAUGUCUUGAUCAGGUUGUAAAGCAAGGUGCAAGGUUUAAAAUGGCGGUGUUCUUAGUUUUCUCAAAGUGACUAUCGUCAUUAUUGACAAAAAAACGUUUUUAGAAAAUUUAAAAAACAUGGAGUGUAGAGCAUACUUCUUUAACUCUUGACAUAAUUGUCUCCUAUUUUUGUAUAGAUCGUUCUGGUAAUAACCGAUGGAAGACAGACGGUGGAGGAAGGAUUUCUUUCCUCCGACAUUCUCCAUGACUCUGUUCAACCUCUGAAAGACAAAGGCAUUCGUGUGAUUUCUCUGGGUAUUGGAACAGGUACCCUGCUGUUUGACCUUUUGACACUUGCUUCCACGGAUGAGGAUGUGUACUCAGCUGCAGAUUUUAAAGAGCUUACAAAUUUGGUUACAGAGCUGACUGAAAGAAACUGUCCAGGUAUGGUGCCCCUUUCAAUGUUGGCCACACCCUUUUUUAAGGUGAAGUUAUUUCCUUCGUUGAUGCAAUUAAAAGGCAAACGUAUCCAGAAUAAUGCGUAAAAAAUAGGGUUUGAGGAAGACAACUCUAUCAAAAAGCAUAAAAAAUCAAUAUAAUUUUCGUACCUUUGAACAGAGUUUUAUUUAGUCUGGUUAACUCUGGGAAACAUACAGAUCAAAACAGAAGUAUUUUGAGAAAUUUUGUCCGUUACCAUUUCUGUUUCUUUAUAAUUGUGUUAGAAAUAAUUUCCUGACACUCGUCGUUCAGUUGACUAUUUCUUUUAUUCUCUCUUUUAUUACUCAAGUUAUUACAACGGGGACUAGCUCUGAUCUCUCUAGGAAAGUGUGAGUCACCGCUUAUAAAGGUGACACUUACUGAGCUGUCAAUCUCUAACCUUCGUCAUGCUUUUACACUUAAAUAGCGAAUCAUGCUAAAUUACGCAGAGCGGAGUACGCAUAUUAAGUGGAUACCUUCGCGAUGUUUACGUUUUACGAAAUGUCUUUCUGACUUAAAUCUCUUGGUCUUUAUGGUCAAGUUCGGGUAAAACAAAAACAAGCUUGAUAAUAUAAAAAUCAUAAUAAACUUACUAAAAGAAUUAAAAUCGUACUUGAAAAAAUAUCUUAAGAGAAAAUAGUCCUUGAAGACUGUUGCAUAACAGCAGAAUAAUCACAAAAUUCGAACAAGAAAGGGCGUACCCAAGGUACCGCCCCUAAAGAGCUACGUGUUAGCCGUAUAAGCUAUCUGAUUACAAAUUCAGUGCGGGAGAUGAAAAGUACUAUAUGUUUACACUUAAAGUCACCUCUAAGUAAAAGAGGUGUCGAGCGUGCUAAAUUAUGCCUGUAAGAUAAGACCGCCAAAAGGAAUAUGCAAUUAUAAACUGGCUUAUUAUAAUUUUUACCGAGUGGUUUGUGCUAAUAUAUUAUUUUAAUUUAUUUUCACGUUCAAAUAAGUCAAAAAUCACUUAUAAUGAAAAUUCUUGCUAGAUGCCAAUUUUGUCUUUUAACAAUUGCCACCCGAUAGUUUGGCGAUUUCUCUGAUUGCAUUCAAGACUCAAGAGAAAUAGGAAAAUGAUUAAGCUACGUCACGUAUUUGAAACUCUGCAUAAUCAGAUCCUUUGCAAAGGGCAAUCCAUGAAAGAGCUCCGUCUUAAUCAUUUUAAUCUUUUUCUCCGCGAGGAAACCAGCAAAACGAUUGCUUGGUAGAAAUAGAUUCACCAAAAUUGGUUAGGAAUAGCAAAGAUUAUAAAUGAUUGUAAGUGGCCGACAAAAAAAUUUAGGCUACAUUUCGUGAUGCUCAUACUGAAAUGCAGCAUCUCUGGGUCGCAGGGUCAAUGUGCGUCCUUUUGAGGGUAAUAGCCCUGAUCUACCUCAUUAAAUACUUAAUUCUAUACCACAGUACAUGGAAAAUGGUCUGACUGGAAAGGCUGGGGUGACUGCACAGUACCAUGCGGUGGUGGCCAACAGACAAGAUAUCGGGUUUGUGACAAUCCUCGUCCGGCGUACGGAGGAAGGCAGUGUCCUGGUGCCAGCGACGAGACACGUCCAUGCAACGAGUUACCAUGCGCCGGUAAGGAUAUGAUUUAACUGUGCCGAGCCUUACUAAAGAGGAAUAAUGGGAAGGGUCUCGAUGAAUUAUAUUUAAGUAAAGUGAUUGACCUUGUGAAACCUACAUUUUAGAAACAGUCAUGUGUUUUAUUUAACAGUUGAUGGGGGCUGGACCGAGUGGAAACCGUGGGAAAUAUGUCCAGUGACUUGUGGAGGAGGAAUACAGAAUCGAUAUAGAACCUGCACAGAUCCCCCACCUUCUCAUGGCGGAAAAAAUUGCUCCGGGGAAGGCAUACUUACUCGUUCUUGCAACGAGGAGCCCUGUCCAGGUAUGCAAACAUCAGUCUUAUAUCCAAGAAAGGUCAGCCAUGAAUAUUUCUAUUUUCACUGCCAAAGAGUAAUUUUUUCUUUUCAUCACCGCUUCUUCAUCAAUCUAUCAAUCAAUCAAUAAAUCGGUACUGCGAAUGAAUUAGAACAUAGAUUAUGAAAUAAAGAUAGAUUAGAAAACAUAAGAACACGAUCGCUCAUUUCAGUUUUCCAAAUUAUAUUAGUUUAGAAUCUUUUUCGUGCUAUACUGAUGCUAUGACUCAACAUCCUCCAGACUACUGGAAAAGUGGUCGCCUCUGUCUAGAAUCGUCCAAUUUUCAUGUAAAUCCUCUUUUCUUUAAUUUUUUGGGCGGACCACACUUACUCUUUAGUAACAAGACGAUUGACUUGGUUCCUAAUCGCACCAUAAAAGAUAGUCCUUUGACCAGGAGGCAUAGAUAAGAAUAGGCAGAUAUAGACUGCUUUAGACUUAGACAUACUUUAAUGCUGAUCGUCCAGUGACGAUCAAGGUAACCAAAGUGAUUUGGUCCAGGAUACAAUUGUAGUUAGAGGUCAUUUCUACCUAUUUCAAAUGAGAAAAUGAAAAACGAAAACACCUUACUUCAGCAUAUGCUAAAUAGGCAGAAGGUAUUGCGAGGGUACGAAAUUUGAUCAGCUUCCUGCUUAUGUUUGAAGUCGGAUGGACGUUCAUCUGGCCAAAAAAAAUCUGUAAAAUGCGUCUUUUUUCACGUGACUCCUAUGGAUGGCACAGUGUAAGGACAAAAAAGCAUAUACACUACUUUCAAGGUGGUUGGUUUUCUAUUCUGCAGUUAAUGGAAACUGGACUCAGUGGGAAGACUGGAGACAAUGCAGUGUGUCGUGUGGUGGAGGAACACAGAGUCGUGGUCGGACCUGUACUAAUCCUCCGCCGCAAUUUGGUGGUCGAGACUGCACUGGCGAGAGUCAAAAUACGCGGUCUUGUAACGACCAACCGUGUCCAAGUAAAUAACUUCUUGUUACUGUUUCAGCAUGGCUCUUCCCUCGUUCUCUUUCAUUUUUCUUUUACACAUUCAUAUGAAGUCCUUUUUCUUGGAGUUCACUUCUAUCACCUUUAGACGAGUUAAUCUUUUCAUACACCAUCUUUAUGAUGUGAUAGUGAACAUAACACAAUAACUAUAACCACACUAACGUGAAAUGCUGUUGGAUGCAUAGUUGAUGGAAGGUGGACAAGAUGGAGUGAUUGGGAGGCUUGCUCUAAAUCGUGCGGUGAUGGUACUCAGUUGUCCCGUCGAUCAUGUACCAAUCCUUCCCCUGCCUUUGGAGGAGCUGACUGUGAGGGAGAUAACGUACGGUCAAGGCCGUGCAAAGAAAUGGAAUGUCCUGGUAAAUACGAUCCCGAUGCUUGUUACGAAGUGAAUCAUGCUUUGUUUGAUGUGUUUGAAACAUCUCAAUGAUGUUCAAUUUUUUGUCCGGAGCACCUUAAAUGUCUAUCAGAGGUUUCUUCUUGUCUCCUGGUCAUGGAUUACGGAAAUUUACUGCUAUUCUUUUGGAAAUAUAAAGCAGUUUUUUUUGUUGGUUUGUUUUUUUGUGUUCUUCCUGGGCUGUUCAAAGUUUUGAUGAAGGUUCUUUCAGCUGAUGAGUAAUUUGUUCCACAGUUGAUGGAAACUGGACCGAUUGGGGAUACUGGGAGGUCUGCAGUGUGACUUGUGGUGGAGGAGUGCAAAGCCGAACUCGGACUUGCACCAAUCCCUCGCCACAUUUUGGAGGCCGUGACUGUGUUGGAGAAAACGUCGAGGAGCGUUCAUGUAACGACAACCCAUGUCCAAGUAAAUACUUUUUACUGUUCUAUUUAUCACUGUUCACUGUACGCUAUCAUGUUUUUACAUUUCAAGACCGAUUCUUCUAACAUUGCCUAACGUGUUUUGUUUCUAAAUCAAUAAGUCAAAUAAUUUGUACUUAACUCUCUCCGAAAAAAGGAAUUAAACGAAGCCUUAAUACUCACAUGUCUACCUCCUCCACAUUUACUCCUUUAUUCUUUGAUCAUUCUCUGAAGUCUGAAAAAUAUCGCGAGUCUAAUGUCUCCCUAUCACUACAUGUGUAGUUGACGGUAGGUGGACAAGAUGGGGAGACUGGGAACAAUGUUCCAUGACAUGUGGUGGUGGAAUUCAAGCGUCCAGCCGAUCAUGCAAUGCUCCUGCGCCUGAAUUUGGAGGAAAAGAUUGUGAAGGGGACAGCUGGCGUUCUCGAACCUGCAACGAAGAGGAGUGUCCUGGUAAUUACGUUUAACAAGGCGCACACUUCUAAUGAUUUAGAUUGCAAAAUGAAAAUAUUAUGCUGUUCGUGUGUGUGUUAUUGGAGUUUUGCUUUGUGAGUGUAAUUGAUUCAAAUAUACCGCUAUGCCUCCUGGUCAUCAAUAGCGAGCCGCCUGAAUGCAUUUCGUGUAGUACUCCGUGUUUGGUGUUGUUGUUUCUGCAUGGUCCAUCCAAAGGUUAAGGCAGACGUAUCACAACGGUGGGUUCAUUUAUUCCACAGUUGAUGGAAAGUGGACCGAUUGGGGGGAUUGGGAGCUAUGCAGUGUCACGUGCGCUGGAGGAACGCAGAGCCGAUUCCGAACUUGCACCAAUCCACCGCCACGAUUUGGAGGCCGGGACUGCAGCGGAGUAGGACAGAACGUGCGUUCUUGCAAUGAAGACCCAUGUCCAAGUAAUGAAUACUUAUUUUUUCUCUCGAAAUCUACCUGUAUAUUUUUUUCAUAUUGAUAGGGGAAGCUAAUUAUUAUUCAAGAUACACAAACGAACCGCAUCAACAAUAAAAAGGUGACUGAAAAGGCCACCAACACCACCAGAACCACCAUUUCUUUGUAGGUUUAUUCAAGAAAACCAGAAGGUGUUUCUCUCCAUCUGUUUCAUUGUAAGUGGUUACAUUCAAGCUUAUUCAGCGCCGCUAUCUAUCAUUAAGCCCUUCUACCAACUAUUGGAGCAAACUGAUAAUUUAGACAUUUGGACAUGAACCGAUAAGUACAGAGAGUUAUGAGUUCAGCUGCCUCUGACACGUAUCACUUAUGAACAAACAUUUGCAGUCGACGGAAGGUGGACAAGGUGGGGAACAUGGGAACCAUGUCCAGUGUCAUGUGGUGGUGGUACCCAGUUAUCUAAGCGGUCUUGUACCAAUCCUGCUCCUGCUUUUGAAGGAGACGACUGCGGAGGGGACAGCGUUCGCUCAAGAUCCUGCAACGAACGAGGAUGUCCUGAUGUACGAUCUUGCAUAAACACCACCCCAUACAUACAUUCAACUAAAAUUCUAUGACCAAAGGUGGUGUACGAAAUUUUUUUUGAAAAUUUAAAAUGUAAUAACGAGUAUUUCCUUUGUUAUCUAAUAGUCGACGGAGGAUGGUCACUGUUCGGAGAGUGGGGCUCAUGUUCUCUGACAUGUGGAGGUGGAGUUCAAGAUCGACAAAGAACUUGUACCAAUCCUUCUCCAGCCUUCGGUGGAAGACCUUGUGACGGUUCUAGUAUGGAGACCAGAUUUUGCCAGCAAUUUCCAUGUCCAGGUAAUUUGAAGGAAGCAAUCCAGCUUCAUUUAACGACCCUGUUUAACUGUGAGAAAGAAAAAACUAAGGUUCGUUUUGUAUUCCAGUCUACUCGCUAUAAAUCUCGUCGAAAGAUAUUUGAUAUAAAGCUGUGAAAAAAUAUGCAUUUUUUUUACGGUUUAUCGAACUAUUUUGUUGCUUCAACGACUCCUGUUAGCGAAAAAAAGCAAAACCAGUAUUUUAUGUUGCUAACCAUCUCCUUCAUGAUCGAGAUCUUUAAAUUCAAGCAAAUUACUUUUAUCAAUGAUUGUGGGCUCUCUAUUUUCUACGAGCUUCCAAAAUCCUUUUUUGCAUACUCAUCUCUUCUCAAACGGCAUGCUGAUAAUUUUAUAGACGUGACGUGUCGUUUCAUGGACUGCUUAAAUUGCCAUGAUUCACGUGGUAAACAAACGAGGAAAAAUUAUCUUCUAAGGCUUAGGAAUGGUAGAUAAAAUUGCAAUAAGUCUUAACGUCGGGCAAAAAGAAGAAGUGUCCUGAAGCGCUCUAUCUCCUUCAGUAAAUGGCAGGUGGACUGGCUGGGACAGUUGGAGCCCCUGUACAGUCAGUUGUGGUGGUGGGCAACAGGAACGAUCCAGAUCAUGCACCAAUCCUCCUCCAGCACAUGGUGGCGCGGACUGCGAAGGACCAAGCAAAGAGGUUCAAUCCUGCAAUGAGAACCAUUGUCCGGGUUAGAUUUGGACCUCUUUACUCCUUCUCUGUAGGGAUAAAUGCAGAUUUUCUAGGAUACCCUUGAAGAAGCAACAAAUAUAACCAUAACUCAUUCUCUUAAAUUAGUUGCAGAAUUUUAUAUCAUUGUUUUAGCCGCGGUGGUGUUUUAGCUUCUCUACAAAUAUCUGCAUGCAACUAAUUUAUCCUAUUCCAGUACCGAUCCAGUACCGAUCUUCGGGUGACUUGUUGUUUCUGUGAUGUUUCAUCUUGUUAAAAUUACUCAUAGAAAAGAAGAUUACAUGUCAUAUGUCUCUGCCAAUUUUUUUCAACCUACCCGCCUUGAUCUUUUCCUCGUCAUUUUGGUAGUGGACGGUAAAUGGACAGUUUGGGGAAACUGGGGCAUUUGUUCUUUAACGUGUGGAGGUGGCGUGCAAGACCGUUCAAGAACUUGUACCAAUCCUCCACCGGCCUUUGGUGGAGCGCAGUGUGUUGGACCAAGUAGAAGCACGCGAUUAUGCAACGACAAUCCAUGUCCAGGUAAUGAUAAAACAAUUGUCUUUUAAAAUAAUGUAAGUAAACACUUAACUCAGUACUCCACAAAAUAUACAGGUAAUCUUUGUUUUGGAGCAGCGAAGUUAGCUCCUUGCAUUAAUCGAGUGAUUAGUCGGCAGCCCUACUGUUGAAUGGUCGUUAAUGGAGUAGUUGCUUGUUUAGAGGUAUUUCUGUUCGUUUGCUAGUUCUUCUCCGUGAAUUCUUCUAUCUUAUUUUUUACUCAUUCUUUUUCUUUUUCAUGUAGAAGUACAUUCUGCAUUAACACUAACAUACCCAGGUGUCGGCGUCGAGGGUCGUGACAAACACAAGUACAAUGCGACAUUGCAUGCACCUUGCCAAAAGGCUUGUUUUCACUUACACCAUUCAUGAAUCAUGAACUAUUUUUCAUGUUUUACCAUGGCUUUCCUUCUUCAGGGGACGGGAAAUGGUCUGCAUGGAAACCCUGGUCUCCCUGCAGUGUGUCAUGCUCAUUAGGAACUCAGAGUCGAUCCCGCACCUGUACCAAUCCUCCUCCAACCUUUGGUGGUAAAGACUGCAUGGGAAAGAGUGAUGAAACCAAGUCCUGCAACAAGGGACCUUGCCCGGGUAAGUCACCCUUUUCGUUGGGAUUUAUAAUGAAAAUCCGGGCUUUAGGAGGCCAUCUUAAAUGCAUAGCUGAUAUGUGGCCCGUUCAGAUCGGGGAAGAUUAGAUACAGUAAUGACAAAAUUUCACUUGAUUAAGGACAUUAGAUAUCACCUCAAAAUGCAAGUUCUUUACUUACACACUACUUUAAAGACGAAUUUCUCCUCAACAAUGGAAAUGGUGAUUAUUUCAAGAAGAAUUGCUCUCAUUAUGGAGAAAUACGAACGGUUGAAAUAAAAUUCCCAUUGUAAACGUUAAUUUUUUUGGUCGUACAGACACUACCUUGUAUUCGUCUGCAUGAAAACACAAACAGAUAUUUAGUUUUUAAAAUAAUUUUAUUUGAUACCUCUCUUUUCGUCAAUGAAAAAAACUUCUCACAGUAAAUGGAAGGUGGGCAAGAUGGAACCCAUGGGGCCUAUGCCCAGUGAGAUGUGGGGGCGGAACUCAAGUACGUUCACGAUCCUGCACUAAUCCCCCACCCGCCUUUGGUGGAGCAAAUUGCAUCGGAGAUAGACGACAGGUCCAAUCAUGCAAUGAGCAACCGUGCGAAGGUAAACUUUAUUUCUAUUCUCCCUGAGUGAAUGAUGUCUAUUACUUUAUCCAGGAACGAGCAGCUUCUGUUAAAGACAAGAACCUCGCUAAUGGUAUGAGUCGCUUAUGAGUAUUUUUUAUCGCCCUUAGUGGUGCGUUCAACCACGAAAUCUUCACUGGCUAAAGUUUAAAAGCUAGUGUUGCCGAGUGGUUAAGGCACUGAGACUGUAAUCUGGUGUUCCCUUAUUCAAGCCAUCUAACUACUAUGUUUUCAUUUCGUAGUUCAUGGUAACUGGGCAAGAUGGCAAAGCUGGAGCAAAUGCAGUAAGAGCUGUGGUGGUGGAGAUCAGAGCCGAAUGCGAACCUGCACAAAUCCACCACCUCUUCAUGGUGGCAGGCAGUGUUCAGGAAGGAACAAGGAGACUCGCUUUUGCAACAGACGGCCGUGUCCAGGUAAGAGCGAAUCGUUCGGCCAGACGAAGGGCCAACAGUCGAAACCUCCAUUUUAGAAAAUCCUUACGUUCGCAAAUUUAACAACUGCGCUGAAAAAACUCAAAUUGUCUUGUAUUAUCCCCACCAACGCAGCAUCACCGUUUCUUUAGAAACUUACCCCCUUUAUACUAGUCCUGGAUUUUAUUUUACCUUUUAUGAGUAGAAUCUGACUCUGAGGGUGAUUAGUCGAGGAUAAAUAGUCGUCACAGUACCCUACUAUUACGAGGUUUACAAAAUUAGCUAAUCAUAGCCGGGAACGGAAUUAUGAUUAAUAGUGAAUUGAAAUUUGCAAAUCAAUGGUUGGGACAAAGCAAAACGUUUUCAUCGAGUUUAUGAGCGGUUCAUUCACGUCUCCUGGGACAGGAUGAGUCAGUCUUUCGUUAUUGGCUUCGUGACUCCGGUAGUCGCUUGAGAAUAUUUACCUAAGCGUACACAGUAAUAGCUUUCAAUGUCUCACGUAUUCAACAACAAUUGUGCAAAACGGACCAUCCAUUUAGUGAAAAAGCGGAGAUAAAAGCAUGAUGAAAUUUUGAUUUUUCUCUUCCCUGAUGAAACAGUCGACGGCAACUGGGCUGACUGGAAACCAUGGAGCAGGUGUUCACGAUCAUGUGGAGGAGGAACACAGGUCCGUUUGCGUACUUGCACCAAUCCCCCACGUUCCAAUGGUGGAUCAUGGUGUAUUGGGAGCCAACAGGAAAGACAAUCCUGCAAUGAAGAUAAACUGUGCCCUGGUAAAUAGUUUGAAUAAGUUCAUAAUGAUAGAUACCUUGAGCUGUGUAAUGAUGGUGUUAAUAAUCAAACUUGGGAUCAACGAAACGAAUGCUGCGCUUCCUAAGAAUUGAUGUUUACGAUUGAAAUUGCAGGUAGCUGGAAAAUUUAAGGCUGCCUUACGUUUAGUUCGUGCGUCUUGAAUUCUGAAAGGAGAAGCAAUUCCAACAGUGUCAUAAAUAUGUAUAUAUAGAAAAUGCAAGCUUAAGGACACUCGUUGGUACCCACAGCCACAUAAUGGCUUUUCAUCACUUCUAAUGGAACAAACUCCAUUUUUCUCUAUUAGCCCUAAUGGCAUUUUUCUCAAUCGCUUUAUUUACUAUUACCCAAUCAGUUGAUGGUGGUUGGUCCUUCUGGAGUUACUGGGGACGAUGCUCAGUUUCCUGUGGAUCUGGAGUAAUGUAUCGAACCAGAACUUGUACCAGUCCCCCACCAGCGCACGGUGGAGCACGGUGUCGGGGAGAAAGCAGAGAAAUUUAUUACUGUGAGAGAUCAUCCUGCCCAGGUAGCUAACACGACAUUACUUUAACUCUAUUUUCGUCAUUGUUUUCUUUCUCCAAAGACUUUAUAUAUAAUGAAGCAAGGUGCUGCGCGGAAAUCGUAAAAUAUGUGUUUGAAUAUGAUUUUGCAAUUUUCUGUUUAAAACUUUGCAGAAAAAUAAACGAAACUUGUUCUUAAGAGGGUCAUGGAUCCAGCCCUUGGUAACCCCCCCCCCAGACAUUUACCGUUCCUGACGCCAUACACCCCGAAAUUCUAAGCACUAUUAACCUUAAUGUAUUUAAGUUGUCACUCUGACGAAAGGCUAACAAUCGAGACAUCAUCUUCAGGAACGUUUUAAGGCGGCCAGUUUGCAUUAUCAACUCAUUUGAUAUAACCAAGUUAUCAUGUAAUAUUCCCCACCGAUACUGAACCACAGUUUCGUUACGGGAACUUACCCUGUUAUUCAUUUAUGGUGUGACAGUUGAUGGUAAUUGGGCUCAGUGGGGUCGUUUUAGCCGAUGCUCAAGGAGGUGUUCAGGUGGAGUUAAGCGUCGUUACAGAUCUUGUUCUAAUCCGCGUCCGUCCAGUGGCGGUAAGCAGUGUCCUGGCGAAGCAGUGGAAGAAAUUCCUUGCAACACAAGACCUUGUUCAGGUAAUACUCAUUACGGAGUCCCUUUUGAUUUAAAUUAAAGAAAAUUAUCUCUUAAUUUAAACUGACAUCUUCUCACAGAUUGUUCAGACGAUCUUGUCACAGAGUGAUCGCUUGAGCUUUAGAUAUGAAUGUGAAGUAGAGUGUAAUAACCCUCUCGGUGUUUAAAACCCAUUAACAAGGGACCAAGCUUACGACUGACUGUGAGCCAACACUCUUUACCCACAUAAGCUCUACUUAAGAGCGCAAAUCUGAAUGUUCUGGCCUUCUUUCCACGAGGAAUACUCAAAUUUUAUCUCUUUAUUGUGGAAAAUUGCAAUGGUUCUUACUUCUUUGCGCGAAAAAUGGCAAUUUUCCCCUCUCUUGCUUUUUUUUAUCACUUUGUCAUCGACGCAUCAAGGAAACUCAUAUUUUAGAAUAUGAGUUUAUUACUUCAACACUGUAGCCGAAAUUGGAACCGAAGAAAACCCUCAUGACAUUUUUAGCUCGAUUUUACAUUCGUUUUGCACAGUUGACUCCCAAACAUUGAUUAGCUAUGUAAUACCUAUGUAAUACAUAUCCUCGUUUUGAUUUUCAUUUUAUUAGUAAAUGGAAACUGGGGCCGAUGGGACAGCUGGAGUCCAUGCUCAAAAACUUGUGGAGGCCUGGGGCGGAGAAUAAGAAGAAGGCAAUGCAACAACCCCCCUCCCUCGCACGGAGGCAGAUAUUGUGUUGGAGACAGUACAUUAACGGCCUCAUGUGCCGCGUGGUUACCUUGUGAAGGUGAGUAUGGAAGAUAUUUUAUCCGCAAACUAUAAAUAGAAGUUGAGGAACAUAAGUAUCAAGUUACUGGGACUUAUGGCUCUGUUCGUCUUUAACUAAAAUUAAUGUUUGCUUCAAUAGUUAUCUUGAUAAACAAGUAGGUUGAGUCUGCACUCGAGCUAAGCGGCUCAUCCAGCCUGAGCUUAUCCCGGUUUUCAUAACAUGAAGCGACAAGGAGUAUCACUACUCCCUCCUGCUACCCCCCCCCCCCCCCCCCCCCCAGCAUUUCAUCAGAUUUGCCUGAUAACUAUCUUGUACCCAUUUAUACUUCUGAGUGGAGAGAGGUGACAGUAAAAUGUUUUUUCUCAAAAACACAACACAAUGACUAGGCCAGGUCUCGAACCAGGACCUCUCGACGCGGACCCCAGCUAACCAACCAUCUUGCCACAAGUAGGAAAUGCCUUUAUGCACUCUAAGUGGGUUACACCUAUUAUGCUGUUUUGUUUUCUUAGUGAGCUGCAACAUCCCUCUGGACUUUGCUAUCAUCGCCGACACAUCUGGCAGCAUUUCGAGAAAAAACUUUCAGCUUCUUCAAAAUUUCAUUCGUAAUCUGGUGGAUAGCUUUCAGGUGGAUGAAGAUUACACCCAUAUAGCUAUUAUAGAGUACAGCACCACUGCUUCUGUGCAGCUCCAUUUCAAUGACUUGUCUGGAAAAAAUCUGACCAGACAAAACGUAAAGGAAAAGGUUCAAAGCAUGCCCCAUAAACGAGGGUACACGUACAUCGACAGAGCAUUACGUAUGGCAGACCGAGACGUUUUCACAUACGCCGCUGGCAUGCGAUAUAACGUGGAUAAGGUAAAUAUAUAUAUUCUCGAUCACGAUCACAAUCGAGCUUUAAUUUUAAGGAGUAAGCGACCAGCACUAAUAACCUGUUGGUUACGCUUCAAAAAAGCUUCUGCUUCAAAGAUUCUAGUCAACCAUAAUGUACUGAGUGUAUGUCCCAAGAAUUCCACAAUUUUCAUUUCCGUCGUUUAUGAGUUUUUUUUUUUUUACUCAUUUUUCUUAAUUUUCUAAAAUAAAUCCUUGCAGGUGUAUCUUAUUUACAUCUUAAAUUUUCGUCAGUCUCUGUAAUAAAGAAUAUCAGUGCUUGCCUGAGAUUCACUGUUAUUUAUCUAAUAUCAACAUUUUAUCAAUAUUUUGUAGAGAGAGAAAAACUGGACGGAAUUUAGUACAGAAGUUUGCAUCUCUUUGCGAACUUAUGGUUUGACGGUUCGAGCUCACUCUAGGCUCUUAGUAAGUGAGCUGCGCGAAAGAGCGCGCUAACGAAAAGCGGUAUUGCGGUUGUCAGAGAAACAAUUAUAGAAUGACCCCUAUGUUCUAGAUCUUCACUUAACCACCCGCCGGCCCGCCAGCAUACUUCAUGCGUCCACAAACAGAGAACCCGUCAUAGGCUAGACAGCACACCACAGCGACUGAAUUCGAUUCGUUCACAUUUCGAUGGCAUCAAUAUCUGCUUUGUCAUUUAACACGUUUGACAUUUGACUCUGUUAGGUGGCACUCGUAAUGACGGAUGGGGUGCAAACAGUUGAAAAGAACUCCGGGAAGUCAGACAUCGAGAUUCUUACCGAAGCUUCAAAGCCUCUUAAAGAAAAGGGCGUGCGCAUCAUUUCGCUUGGAAUUGGAAAGCGGGUCAAUAGGAAAAGUCUGGAGGCCAUUUCCUCAGGCAGAGACGUGUACUCUUCACGAACCUUCUCUGAACUCAAAACAUUAGUGAAGAAAUUAAAGAAAGGAACCUGCCAUGGUGAGAACAAAGGAAUUUAUUAA